CCAAUUUUGUGUUGGUAAAACGCGUCGGGCAGAAAAUAAAUAAUCGAAAUGGAUUGGUCAGCAGCAGGAGUGACGCUGCUAGCUCUCAUAUUAUGUGCAAAUAAUCCCACUGGAACGGCUUCUGAGCACAUUUGGCACAACGGACCGAUAAACUGUUACACCUGCUCUAGUUUGGAAAGUUGCUCAGCCAGUUUGGGCGCGAUCCUCAAGUGCGAAGGUAGCAGUACUCAAGGCUGUGUGGCCGUCUUUAAUGCCAACGGCGUGGUUAUUCAACGUGGUUGCAGCGAAGCUCUGGAGGAUACAUGCAGCGAGGGGAGCAACAACUGCUACGAAUGUCGCUCCAAUGGCUGCAAUAAUCUCUCCGACAACAGCAAGUUGAUUCAAUGUGUCUCCUGCGAUGCACAAAACGAUGACGCGUGCGUCUUCGACAUUGAGUUGAUUACGGAGAGGCGCCAAUGCCAUGAGCACUGCAUGACAGCCUUGUACCCACGCACCAGCGACCAAGGGGGGCCACUGGAGCUGGUACGCAGCUGUUUGGAUGACUUGGAUCUGGACGACCGCGAGAACUGCGCCGAUAGCACAGCACCCAACUGCGUGGCCUGCAGCUCGGCAGGAUGCAACACCGUGGAGCUGGGCGUCCGUCGCAGCUGCAAUCGAUGCACGAAUGGUGAAUGCUCCAAUCCGCAGCCGCAAACUUGCCGUGCAGUCGUCCCUACUGGCUACGAGGAGACAUGCUUUAUCGAGGUGGAUGAAUUGGACAAUGUUACUGAAAUGGGCUGCAGCAGCCAGUACAAUGUGCCUGAUCUGGAUGCGUUGAUAGCCAAUAAGCGCUUGUGGCUGUGUAGCUCAGACAACUGCAACGUACAGUCGGCACUUCCUGCACCUCAGAGUUGCAAGCUGUGCAGUUCUCGCACGGAUCCCAGUUGUGCCUUGGCACCGGAAGAGGUGAGCUCAGAGGACAACUGCAAUCAGGUGGUUAACACAGACUGCUAUGUACGAUUGCUGGACAGUGGCCAUACCGAACGUGGUUGUGUCUCGCGUCUAGAGGCGGACGACUAUGUGGAAUGCUGGAGUGGCAGCAACGACACCAGAUGCAGCACAUGCUCAGGCAACAACUGUAAUGAGCAGUUGCAUCCCGCCGACCGCUUAGCCUGCCACGUGUGUAGCUCCAGCGAUGAUGCAAGCUGCGAGUCUGUGCCCGCCUCUACAUCUAUCUGCCUGUUGCACCUGGCUGAGCAGCAAUGUGUCAGCAGCAUUGAUGCAGAUGGAAACACUCAACGUGGCUGCAGUGGAUCCCUGACCUGUGAUAUCAGUGAUCGUCAGCACUGUCAGUUCUGCAACGGAACCGACUGCAAUACGGACAACUUGAAGCGUCGCGCCGACGGACAGCCAGGCCUAUGGGGACAAACCUUACCACUGAGCUGUCAGAUUUGCAAUAGUGUGGAGGACUGCGCAUCCAAUGAUGGAAGGGCUGUGUGCCUCGAAAGCACAGAAUACUGUAUGACCGUGUUCGAUGGUACUGGGGUGGUGCAGGCUCGUGGCUGCAGCAACGAGAUAGAAGAAGCCCACAGCGCCUAUUGCGAUGCUAAUCCGGGCAGUUGUCACAACUGCAACUCCCAAGACUGUAAUGGGGCCACAUCAUUGAGCGCCUAUGAAGAGUGCAUCUAUUGCGAUUCUGUACGCAACCCUAACUGCGCCCAAAACCCCUCAGCCGUCACUGAACGGCGCCAAUGCAACAGACAGUGCAUGACAGCGUGGCGUCCGCGAUCUGGCGAGAACAUCAGCCCCAUUUACGACACUGUACGCAGCUGUCUGGAUGACAAGGAUCCAGCUGAUCAGGCGAGCUGCAGUGCCGGCAACGACUUGGAAUGUCGGGCCUGUACGGGAGCCGCAUGUAAUACGGAACAACUUCCUGAAUCUACACUCAGCUGCUACAGCUGCGAAGGAGAUGCGUGCAUGGAGCCAAGCAUAGCCGAAUGCCAACACAACUCGCCCGCGGAUAAGUGUUAUAUAUUGUUCGACACUGAAGCCGAUGUGAAGAGCAUGGGCUGCUAUUCCGAUUUGGAUGCGUCUUUCGUAGAAACUAACAUUCAUUUAUUACUCUUCUGCGACAGUGGCAACAAUUGUAACUUCUUCGAUAUCAUUCCCGAAUCUAAGACCUGUCGGGUCUGCAAUUCCAUUGCCGACGAGAAUUGUGCCGUGGAUCCAGCUCUUGUACAGCAAACCGACACCUGCACUCUGGCGCCUCACACAAAUUGUGUGACAUUCCUGAACACAGCAAAUGGCUCUACACAGCGCGGCUGCCUGAGCGACCUGUCCACAACUAAUAUGAGGGCCUGUCUUCUGGGCACCAACAACUGCUCCAUUUGCGAGGGGGAAAUGUGCAACGUUGAGAUCUACCCCGCCGAUCGACGUCGUUGCCAUCGCUGCAACUCCCGGACGGAUCCCAGUUGUGAGUCGUCACCAUCUGCGGCAAGUGUUUGUCCUCGAUACCGGGAGGAUCAAGGCUGCAGUGCCAAACUGGUCAACUCUGUCACGUAUCGUGGAUGUGAAACAGAGUUUACCUGUGACGAUUCCGACAAACAACACUGCCGCAACUGUGCGACUGGCGACAACUGUAAUGUUGCGAAUCUGUUUGAGACGAACAUUGGCUAUCCGGGAAAAUGGCAGACUCCGCCCAUUAAUUGUUACACCUGUGAGGGUACAGCCUGUCAAGGUGACAGUCUGGGUUCGCUGCAAAAGUGCGCCGGCAACGACGCCCAAAACUGUGCAACUAUUUUCGCCUCUAAUGGGUCCGUGGUGCUUCGCGGUUGUUCCGACCUUGUUUACAACGCAGUUGAUUGGUUACAAUAUUGCGAUGAGUCACCAGAAUCCUGCAAAUUCUGCAAGUCCACAGGAUGCAACAACGCUCGAGAGCUGGACGCAUAUGAAAAUUGUCGUAUCUGUGAUGGACAGGAGCAGGACGCCUGUGUGACCAACGCUGAGGAUGUCAGCCGAACGACCUCUUGUCAAGGUGGCUGCUUCACGGGCCUUUAUCCACGCAACAACUCGGAGGCUAAUAAAGCAUUUGAGCUAAGCCGUGGCUGUCUGGAUGACUUAGAACUCGACGAUCGGGUGGAGUGCCAGGCAAACGAGAAGAAUCAUUGUGUUGCCUGUACAGGCGCUGAAUGCAACGUACAUGCAGUACCAGAGACACGACUUAGAUGUAACUAUUGCUCCGAUGUCGGAUGCGAGACUGUCCAGUCACAAGUGUGUACGGCCUAUCGUGAACAGGAUCAGUGCUACAUUCAUGUUGGGGACUUACGUAUCGAAAGCAUGGGCUGUGCCAGUGAUUUGGAGGAAUACUUCCUGCUGAAAAAUCGUCGUGAUUUGCAAUUAUGCAAUGGCGACAAUUGCAAUGAUAAAGAAUCCCUCAAUACUCAAGGAAUCAGUUGCAACUACUGUAACUCUUCGGUGGACGCGUCUUGUGUUGGUGGCAAUGCUAUAGCAGCUGUUGUUUGCCAGCACUAUCUCAAUCCGGAGUGCAUCACCCAUAUUACCGAAGGUGGAGUUCUAGUUCGUGGAUGUCUUAUGGACGCGGACGAUAAUCUUUACGAUGACUGUUUGAGCGGCGAGAGUGAGACUUGCAAGGUUUGCAAUGAGAACAACUGCAACAAGGACAUCUUUCCGGAGGAUUGGCACACCUGUGUACGAUGUGAUUCAAACAGCGACAUCGAGUGCGAAAAGAACCCCGAUCUAGAACUAUAUGGAAGCUAUUGCCCAAGUUAUUCACCAAACGAGGCUUGUGUCACGCGCAUAGAAAAAACCCGGACACGUCGUGGGUGCCUUUCGGAGCUAAGCUGCGAUGCUUCGGAAACGUCUACCUGUCGUAUUUGCGAUGAGAACAACUGCAAUGUGAUUAAUCUGCUUGCCAACUAUGUGGGUGAUCCAGGCCAAUGGACAGAUCUGCCACUGAGCUGCUAUGUGUGCGAUGAUGAGGAAAGCUGUGCAGUCAUCGACGGCAGCGGGGUAGAAACCUGCGAGGGCAAUAACAAGCAAGUGUGCUCAACCAUAUUUGGUGCCAAUGGAAAUGUCAUAGCGCGUGGUUGCAGCGAUACCGUAGAAGCUAAGCAUGCCGACUACUGCGAUGCUAAUAUGGCGAGCUGUUUCAAGUGCAAAUCGAAUGAGUGCAACAACGCCGUUAGCACGGAUAAUUACAUUGAGUGCUUCUUCUGUGAUUCGCACGAGGAUCCUAACUGUGUGCUCCAAACACCUUCUCAGGAGACCACACGUACGCGUCAAUGUCAUGGUCAGUGCAUGCAGGGACUGUACCCACGUAGCUCUGCUCUGGACUCGGCCCUGAUUCCAGCACGUGGCUGCCUUGACGAUUUAAAUGCAUCGGAUCGUGAAUUGUGCAUUGCUGGUGACCACCCUAACUGUGUUUCCUGCAGCGACGCUCUUUGCAACAACAAGGAUCCUGUGGAGGAGCCCCAUGCUUGCUUCACCUGUGUGCCAAAUACCGAUUGCGUAGAUAUAGCAAGCGAACGUUGCGUGGCCUAUCGACCAAACGAUCAAUGUUAUCUGGCCUUUGAUGACCUUGGCAUAGUUGCUAUGGGCUGUUCUAGCGAGUUUGAGACUCAGGUCACCAACGAACUCGUGGCACAGCAGAAACUGUUGUUAUGUGAUGAGAAGAACUGCAAUAUACCCAGCAUCAUACCCGAUCCCAACACCUGCUCAUCGUGCAGCUCUGAGGAUGACGCCCGUUGUGCCACCAAUCCCAACCAGAUACUAGAAGACAUAACCUGCUCGAAUCAGCCUUAUACUCAGUGUGUCACCCGCAUUAAUAAUCAGGGAACCACAGUACGUGGCUGUCUUUCGUCACUAAACAGCUCCGACUUCUAUAAUUGUUUGACUGGCACCGAUGAACUGUGUGAGAUUUGCGAAGGCGAUCGCUGCAAUGGGUUAAGCGUGUUCCCAGCCAAUCGUCGCAAAUGCCACCAAUGCGACAGUUCCACUGAUUCUGCGUGUGCUGCAAGCCCAAGCAGCAGUCGUGCUUGUCCGAUCUUUGUUCUUGAUGACACUUGCGUCACCACACAACGUGGAGAUGUGACCUAUCGCGGCUGCGGCUCCAGCCUAUCCUGCGAUAAUGCCAGCGAUAGUCGCUCCUGUCGUAUCUGUAGCAGUGACUCUUGCAACACCAUUAAUCUCGAGCAGCUCAAUGCAGAUGGUAGUCCUGGUAUUUGGCAGGACGUGCCCAUCAGUUGUCUUAGCUGUAGCGGCAGCGAAUCAUGUGCAACUGGCGGAGGUCAGCCACAGACUUGCGAAGGAUACCAGAAUUGCAUCACAGUUUUUGAUGAGGAAGGCGUGGUUAUUCAACGUGGUUGCAGUGCUCAAGUACUGGAAACUGCGACGCAAUGUGAAGAUGAUACCGCGCAAUGUCCGCGCUGCAACUCCAACAAUUGCAAUGUGGCCGAUAGCCUCGAGGAGUAUGUGGAGUGCUUGGUGUGCGAUUCCAGCACGGAAAGCGCUUGUGUGCAACAGGUGGAUGGACUGAGUAAGAUACGCCGCUGCCACGAACAAUGCAUGACCGCUCUACGUCCAAUCUUUGGCGAGACCAACGAUGCCUUUGCAACUGUACGCAAUUGCUACGAUGACAUGGAAAAGGAUGAUCGCGAAGCAUGUGCUGCGGGCACCAAAGACAACUGUGUGACCUGUGCCGAGGGCCGAUGCAAUUCGCAGGAGCUAGUGGAGUCGCGUCACAGUUGUUUCAUUUGCACUGGAGAUGACUGCCAGUCACCUCAGGCCAAUGUUUGUCCCAAUUACCGCGAAGAUGAUCAAUGUUACAUAGAGUUUAAUGAGCGAGGUGGCGUUGUCGGAUUGGGCUGUCUUAGUCAGUACAGCCAUGCAGACAUCCUCGCUCUGCAGCGUUCCAAGAGAUUACUACUCUGCCAGGGAACCGAUUGUAAUACGUUAGAUUCCAUCCCUGAAGCGCAAACGUGCACUCUUUGCAGCUCACGCACGGAUAAAAAUUGUGCCACCAGUCCUAGCAGUGUGAUUAGUGAAACCACAUGUGACCUUAUCGGCCUGCCCGAGUGUUAUUCACGCGUGCUUGAUGAUGGUUCGACGGAGCGCGGUUGUUUGUCUAACCUAGAAGAUGACGAGUUCCUCGAUUGCUACAACGGCUUGGCUGACACAUGCGAUGCUUGCCGAGGCAAUGCGUGCAACAAGGAAAUCUAUCCCGAAAAUCGUGCCUCUUGCCAAAUUUGCGACUCCCAGAGCAACGCCCUUUGCGAGUCUGCUCCAAAUAGUCUCUCCGUAUGCCCAAUAUAUGUAGAGGGCGAUACCUGUGUAACUAACUAUCGUAGUGGGGUCACAUAUCGUGCCUGUUCCUCCUCACUCAGCUGCGACGAGAACUCAAGCGACUGUGUUAAGUGUGUUGGUGAUGGCUGCAAUACUGUGGAUCUGGCGGUAAAACAUGAUGACAAUCAUGGCAAAUGGCAAGAUCUUCCGCUUACAUGUUUAAGUUGCCAAGGCGCUGAGAACUGCGUGGAACCCAGCAGCAGCCUGCAGUGCCAGGACAACAAUGAGCAGGAUUGUAUUACAGUAUUUAAUGGAGACGGAGUGGUUGUGGCACGCGGCUGUGCCGAUUCUCUCGAGACAGAGUGCGCAGCCAACGGUGCAACAUGUCACAACUGCAAAUCUAAUGAAUGCAACAACGCUAACGCCCUUAGCGAGUUUGAAGAGUGUAUAUACUGUGACUCGUUCAAGGAUGACAGCUGUUUGUUGUUGCCGGAGAGUUCGUUACAUAAGACACGUCUCUGCCACGGUGGCUGCAUGACCGCUCUCUAUGGAAGCGCCGAUGCAGGUCAGGAAAUUAUUCGCACCUGUCUCAAUGACAAAGAAGAGAAAGACGCAAAUGAAUGCCAGGCUGGAAGUGAUGCCAAUUGCGUGGCCUGCACUGGUGCCAAAUGCAAUGUGGAUACUGUACCAGAGGACCGCAUGAGCUGCUACAUUUGCGAAGGUGACGACUGUGAAGUACCUGUGACGAAGUCUUGCCCCAUUUACAAGCAAAACGACAAAUGCUUCAUAUGGGUGGAUGAAGAUAAUAGCAUCAAGCAGCUAGGUUGUCUGAGCUCUUUCCGCAAUCAGGAUCUGGAAAGUGUUAUCAAGACAAAGCGCAUAGCCGUAUGCGACGGCGAAAACUGCAACGUUCCGCAGCUACAAGUGCCAACCACGUGCGCGGUCUGCGACUCCAGGGAUAAUGUGCUAUGUGCGACCAACGCAGUGGCCAUUGACCAGUUUGAUAUUUGUACUCAAAUGCCGCACACCGGAUGUGUAAGCCGAAUUGCGAGCGAUGGCUCCACUAAUCGCGGUUGCCUCUACGAUCUAGAGCCAACAGAGUUUGCCGCUUGUCUAUUGGGCACUGACGAAAACUGUUCAGUGUGUAAUGAAAAUGGAUGUAAUCGAGAGAUUUUCCCCGCCGAUCGACUCCAAUGUUUCACCUGUAGUUCAGAGGAUGACGUCAACUGUGAGUCUUAUCCCAUACGCAAAGAAGCAUGUGCCUGGGUGAGCGACAGCGAGAGCUGCUUCACACACCUAGCCGACAACGUCACCGCACGAGGUUGUAGUUCAAGUCUACAGUGCGAUACGGACGAUUUCAGAAACUGUCGAUCCUGCGUAAACAACGAAUGCAAUGGCAUCGAUCUGGCCAAUCGUGUGGAUGAUGGCUCGCACGGUCUCUUCCAGCCUCUCCCACUCAGCUGUCAUGUAUGCUCGGGAGAUCACUGUCUAAGCUCAUUAGGUCCAGCGGUUAAGUGUACGCGCAAUGAUGAACAGGAUUGCAAGACUGUCUUUGAAAAGGAUGGGCAAACAGUGCUUCGGCGCGGCUGCGCCGAAGAUGUUGAUGAUUAUGAGGACCUAUACUGCCGUCAGAAUCCUGACCUGUGUUUCUCCUGCAAGUCCAACGAAUGCAACUCGGCUUGGAGCAUUAGUGAAUACGUAACCUGUGCCUUCUGCAACUCGGAGACUGAUCCGCUGUGCGUGACCAAUCCAGAAGAUGCUGGCUUUGCCUCGCGUCAGUGUCAGGGCCAGUGCAUGGUCGCCCUCGUAGGGGAUGAAGUCGUACGGACCUGCCUCGAUGACAAAGAGGAGUACGACCGAAAUGUUUGUAGCACUGAUUCCACCGGCACCAACUGCGCCCGCUGCACUGGUGAACAGUGUAAUAAAUUUGCAUAUCCCAAAGAUCGCUUACGAUGCCACGUAUGCACUGGAGACACUUGCUCUAGCACGACGGCUGAGUACUGCCGUGUGUACAAUGAAUCAGACUCUUGCAUUGCCAAGUACCAAGAAGGCAACUUGCAAAUAAUGGGCUGUGCCAGUGAUCAGAGCCCCUCGGACCUUAACCAGUGGCGCCAAGAUAAACUAUUGUACGAGUGCGAGGAGAAUGAAUGCAAUGAUUUAAAUCGGUUGCCGCAAAAUGAAAACUGCUUGGAUUGCGACUCGAGCAAGAAUCCAGAUUGUGCACAAGACCCCACAAAUGUCACCACCACCGAGCUAUGUAACGCGCCACAAAGCGAAUGUGUGACGCUAAUCAGUGGAGACGGUCACACCAUUCGCGGUUGUCUCGGCCAUCUGAGCAGUGAGGAAAGCUCCUGUGUGGCCAACGGCACGUGCGCUGCCUGUGCCGGCCAAAAGUGCAAUCUUGAGGUAUUUCCGGUCGGUCGACAACAAUGCCAUAUUUGCAAUUCCGUGGCCGAUAGCAACUGCGUGAAGGAUCCGAAUCAUUUGCAAGUGUGCCCCAUUUAUGUCAACGGUGAUAGCUGUGUGACCAAAUAUGGAAAUGACGGUUAUCUGGAACGUGGCUGCGUUAGCGAUAUCCAAUGUGAAGGCAGCAAGAAGUGUGAGAUUUGCGAGUCAGCUGGAUGCAAUACGGUGGAUUUGACAGAUGGAGCAGUACAGCUUAGCUCCACCGGUCUGGUAUUGACGCUUGCGAUAGCCAUACUCGUUAGCAGAUUGAGAUUCAGCUUGUAAACAGCGCUCCCAAUGCAUAAUAUGUCAUUCCAUGUGUUACAUUUAAAAACGCGCCAUAAUAGUUAAGUAGUUGUACGUAGAGUGUAUAUAAAUGUAAUUUCUAGCCGAAAAGGGUGAAAUUAAAAAAUAAUGAAAGAAAA